GUCCGAGGUAGAACAUUAAAAAAACAGGGAGAAAGAAUCCUUAAAAUAAAACCAGAAGAGGAGAAAGGUCAUUAAUACAACACAACACACGGACAAACAGAGCAAACAACAUCGAAGGAACUCUUAUAAUUCUCAAAUCAACAUCAAAAUCAACAGUCCCUCAGCUUUUCUUCUUUAAGGAACAGUAUUUUAUUGUAAUCCAGAGAGAUGUCUCCUGCAUCAAAAUCCAAGACCAAGUCCAAGGAUAAGACCUUUGUAAAGUCUGCUCAAGAACAACAGAAGGCGUCUAUUAAGCCUUCUGGAUCAACCAACACUGUAAGUGGGAGUCCAGUGAAUGCUUAUAAUCCAAUCUCUGGGACUUUUCAUGCACUAGAAAUACCAUCAGCCGCUGCUUUCCCACCCCUCCAUGACAAUGGUCGAUUCAGAAAUGUAGAUGACCCAGACGAGCAUUCUAGCAGCCCCCAUGGAACACUUUCUGAGUAUGAUUCAGUUUCCAACAAUGGGAGCUGCUCUGGUGAGUCAGAAGACAUAAAAGAGAAAGCCAAUUCUACUCGGCAAGAAACAGUACCUGGUUUAGACAGUGACAAACGCGAGAAGAUCCGCCUGAAGAAUGAGAAAAAGCACCAGCGUCAGAGAGAGAAGAGGGCUCAAGAGUUGCAUGAGCGUUGCAUUGGGUAUCUAAGGUCAAGAAAAUUAGAAAGACUUUCAGAACAGCUUGUGGCAAUGGGUUUUUCUCAUGAGCGGGCAACCCUGGCCCUUAUGUUGAAUGAGGGCAGGGUGGAAGAAUCAGUAAACUGGCUUUUUGAGGGAAGUGAAGAGGAAGCUCAAAGCAAGGACUCUAAGCUUGGAAGUGGUGGUGACCUAAAUAUUGAUAUAAGUGAGGAGCUUGCUCAAAUCUCAGCAUUGGAGAUGAGAUAUAAAUGCUCAAAGCAGGAGGUUGAAAGAGCUGUGGUUGCUAGUGAAGGGGAUCUAGUGAAGGCAGAAGAGACCUUGCAUGCACAAAAGCAGGAACUAUCUACGACUCCACCAAGACCAGAAUGCACUGCUGACAACAGUAACCUGAGGAGACUGCAUGAAAAGCCUGUACCUGUACCUGUACCUGUACCUGCAGCUUCAGUUACAGCACAACAGAGAAUGAACGAACUGGAUUUCAACUACAAAACAGCAAUUCCAGUGCCAACAUAUUCAGAACCUGGGAGUAGAAACUUACAACCUCUGAAUCAGCCCAAGUUACUAGCAGACAAGAGGUGGGGCACAACAGGAUCAAGCCCUGCCUUUCCAUCAUCUAUGGUACCAUCCAUGCAAGUAGCACCUCCAUCAACAAAAUUUGAUGUCCGGCUUGGUUCUGCUGGAAAUGAGGGGAAAAAUUUGCAGCAGAUAGUGAGGGAACCAGUAAUGAUGAUGCAGCGCCCUCAAUCUAUAAAUGCCAAACAAAAUACAGUCCCUAGUGCAAGCACCACACCUGUAACAUCUGGAUGGUAUUCAAAUAACGUUUCAGGUGUGGAAAAUAUGCAGCCACAUGUUAAGUUGCUUCCAAAUCAGAGCACUGGAAACUUUGGUCUUGUAAAUCAGAGCUCAGAACAAGUUUACAAUCCAGUGUCACGUAAAGAAAAUUCAUUCCUGUUUAGUGGCCCAGCUACAUCAAAUAGACAGGGAGGUACAAGAUCUCCUUCAUUUGCAGUUCCAUCUCCGUUGCAAGGUUCAUAUGGUAAAACAACUGCGUCUUUGCCUUCACUAGCAGCACCAUCCUCACUUGGUUUAUUCACUGGUUGGGGCGCAGCAGGAACUUUAGGAUCUCCACAUGUUGAUUGGGAUACAGGAAGCUUGAUGCCUGAAUUUGAUUACACCAGUAUCGAUUGGACUUUGGAUUCAAACCUGUUAUCCUCCAAGUCAAAUGGGUUGUGGUUGGGUCUCACCUCAUUGCUUAGGAACACAUCUAUCACAAGAACUAGCGGUACAAAUAGUUCCUUCCUGUCUGGGUUACGGGACAGUGGAAUGGCUAAAGAAACAUCAUCCUCAGUUGGCACGAGCGAGUGGACCUCUCCUUUCGCAGGAAAGGACAUGUUUAGUUUGCCGAGGCAGUUUGUAACUUCUCCUUCUCCUUACGACUAGGGAUAGGACUUUGGAAAAGGAGAAAAUGCAGGCAAUGAGGCUGGUGUAGUUGGUGUGUGGAUGCAUUUUCAUUCUUGUUUCUGGUUUAUCAUUGGUAAAUGCAUCUACUAGUUUCUGCUUCAAUAACUU